AAAGAAAGAAGAAGUAAUAUAAAGGAACACAAAAUCCCCCGAAGCUUCAUUCACUCGGAUUCUCUCACAGUGAUAAACGAAUCCCUAACGAAGCAAAUCAAAGGGCUCUGUACUUCUUCUACGAAACAUGGGUUCAGAUGCUGAUAUGGAGGAUUACGGAUUUGAGUAUUCUGACGAGGAUCAGGAGGAGCAGGAUGUUGAUAUUGAGAAUCAGUAUUAUAAUUCAAAAGGUAUGGUUGAAACGGAUCCAGAGGGUGCACUUGAGGGAUUCGCAGAGGUGGUACGAAUGGAACCUGAGAAGGCAGAAUGGGGUUUUAAAGCUCUUAAGCAGACAGUCAAAAUUUAUUAUCGUUUAGGGAGGUUUAAGCAGAUGAUGGACUCUUACAGAGAAAUGCUUACUUAUAUUAUAUCAGCGGUAACGCGAAAUUACAGCGAGAAGUGCAUCAACAACAUAAUGGAUUUUGUCUCUGGCUCAGCUAGUCAGAAUGUUGGGUUGUUGAGGGAGUUCUACGAAACCACACUGAAAGCCCUUGAAGAGGCUAAAAAUGAACGAUUGUGGUUUAAGACAAAUCUUAAGCUUUGCAAGAUCUGGUUUGACAUGGGUGAGUAUGGUAAAAUGAACAAGAUUAUGAAGGAGCUUCACAGAUCUUGUCAAAAAGCUGAUGGUACCGAUGAUCAAAAGAAAGGGACUCAGCUCUUGGAGGUUUAUGCUAUUGAAAUUCAAAUGUACACUGAGACAAAGAACAACAAAAAGCUGAAGGAAUUGUAUGGGAAGGCUCUUACAAUCAAAUCAGCUAUCCCCCAUCCUAGAAUAAUGGGAAUAAUCCGUGAGUGUGGUGGGAAAAUGCAUAUGGCACAAAGACAGUGGGCAGAGGCAGCGACUGACUUCUUUGAAGCUUUUAAGAAUUACGAUGAAGCUGGUAAUCAACGGCGCAUACAGUGCCUGAAAUACUUAGUGCUGGCCAACAUGCUUAUGGAAUCACAAGUUAAUCCGUUUGAUGGGCAGGAGGCAAAACCGUACAAAAAUGACCCAGAAAUCUUGGCCAUGACUAAUUUGAUUGCUGCAUAUCAACGAAAUGAGAUAUUGGAGUUUGAGAAAAUCCUUAAGAGCAAUAGAAAAACUAUCAUGGAUGAUCCAUUCAUUAGAAAUUAUAUCGAGGACUUGUUGAAGAAUAUAAGGACUCAAGUGUUGCUGAAACUCAUUAAACCAUACACACGGAUCAGGAUUCCUUUUAUAUCGAAGGAGAUUAACGUACCGGAAGGUGAAGUGGAAACGUUAUUGGUGUCACUGAUAUUGGAUAACCGGAUACAAGGUCAUAUUGACCAAGUAAACAAAUUGUUGGAGCAUUGCGACAGGUCAAAGGGGAUGAAGAAGUAUACAGCUAUUGAUAAAUGGAACACACAAUUUCAGUCUCUUUAUCAAACCAUUAGCAACAAAGUGGGGUAAAAUCAGUGUUCAACUGAAGUUUAUUUUAUUUAUUUUUUAUUAUAAGGAUUAGCAACAAGCUACAAAGUGAACUGGAGGACAAGAAGAAAAGAGUUUUCUCUAUUUAUGGUUUCAACUUUACAAAUUUAGCUCUUUGUACUUCCCAUCCUCAAUUUUUCAAUUGAUCUCUUUAUGAAAUUUUAAGAAUUUGAGUACUUUGUUUGAUGCAAUCUCUUACAAGCUGUGAGCUUAUAGAAAUUGAUUUUACCAAA